AUGGACGUCUAUGGCUUGUCUUCACCAGACUUACUUCGAGUGGAUGAGCUUCUUGACUUCUCCAACGAAGACAUCUUCUCCGCCUCUUCUUCCUCUUCCACCGCCACUACUUCCUCACCCUCUUUCCCUCCUCAAAACACAAACUUCCACCAUCUCCCUUCCUCCGCUGAACAUUCCUUCCUCCACGACAUUUGCGUUCCGAGUGACGACGCAGCUCACCUGGAAUGGCUCUCGCAAUUCGUAGACGACUCUUUUGCUGAUUUUCCGGCGAAUCCAUUGGGAGGAACUAUGACUUCCGUGAAAAAUGAAACCUCGUUUACCACCGGGAAACCAAGAAGCAAAAGAUCAAAACCUCCAGCUGCUUUGGUCGGAACAUGGGCACCCAUGUCGGAACCCGACCAGAAUAUUCACGUAGCCGGGAGGUUGAAGCCUAAGAAAGAACACUCGGGAGGAGGAGGAGGAAGAUAUCAAUCGUCUUCGGCAGAGACGGCGGAAGGAGGGUUGAGGAGAUGCACUCACUGUGCAUCGGAGAAGACUCCGCAGUGGAGGACAGGACCACUCGGGCCUAAGACGCUGUGUAACGCUUGCGGAGUCCGGUUUAAAUCGGGUAGGCUUGUACCGGAGUACAGACCGGCUUCGAGUCCGACUUUUGUUUUGACUCAGCAUUCAAACUCUCACAGGAAAGUGAUGGAGCUGAGACGACAGAAGGAGGUUAUGAGACAGCCACAACAAGUACAACUUCACCACCACCACCAUCCGUCCUUUUAGUC